CAUGCUAUACUAUCAUCAGAUUAUUGUUUAAUACUAUUAACGCACCUUCUCGUUCCCUCUCUCGGUGGCAUCUUCAAAACUGACAUUUUUUCCUCUUCUUUCCUCUUGGCCAGCAACACCCAUCUUCUAUCAUGGAUCAAGGCUCUUCCUCUUCCACCAACAAUCAAUUUAUGGAUUAUUCUCCUAUUUCCGUUUUUAAAUUCGAUAGUAGUGACUACCUUGAAUGGGCAAGCUCAAUCCAAAUGAACAUAUAAGAAAAAAGUGUUAUGUAUGUGUCUAUGCCUUAUAGUUGGUAGCAAGACAUGCAAAUGAUUUAUUAGUAUGCUUUUCCCUAUCUCAGCAUGUUAAUCAAUAAAAUAAUGAGGGCAAAUAUACAUAAACAAUUUAUCAUGAUACUAUUUGGAUUGCAUCUGCAUUUGUUUACUUUACCAAAUUGAUCUAAGACACUUUCUUGAUUUCAUAUUUGUUGCUGUGAUUACUAUGCCAAAUUGAUCUAAGACACAAUUUCUUGAUUUCUUAUUUAAGAAAUACUAAAUAAUUGGCUAAUAACUAUGGCCAAUUAUAAAUGUAAAAUGGUUGACAAAGAUUAGACAUAAAAACCAUAUACUCAAAUAAUUUUUCUUCCAUGGUUUAUGAAACAGCACUUCAAAAUGAGAAGAGCUGAUCACUUGGCUAGAGAACAACGGAAGAAAGAAUCAAAAGACACAUCGGGUGUUCAAAGACCAAUUCGUACUAGGGGACAAACAUAUGGUAUUGACAAUACAAUACUAUCAUGGAUAAUCUACACCACUUUUCUAGAGAACACUAUUGUGAAAUACAUGAACCCGAAGCUUGGUCGUGUUGUAUUAGAGGGAACAAUCAAGAGUCCAGGCAUUUUAUGCCAUUGUUGCUAUACAGUACUUACAGUUAAAGAAUUCCAAAUUCAUGCCGGUUAUUAUAAUGGACCAAGACCAUACGCCAAUAUUUUUGUUGAGCCUGGGAUUCCAUUAUUGGACUGCAUGGUUAAAUCUUGGAUAGACAUACAAAAGACUAAUACUCAUCUUAUGCCCGACGAUGCUUGUGUCAAAUUCACAAAUGAAGGGGAUUUUAUUUGUUGUUCUAAAUGUGGUUUUAUGUAUAAUCAACAUUGUAAUAGAAAAAAGGAUGCAUCAGAAGUAUCUUGGUUAUGCCCUUAUUGCAUUUGCAAAUCUUGUGGGAAAACUGGUGCGGAUGAAGAUAUUUUGAUCACAUGUAACCAAUGUGAAAAAUAUUAUCACUGGAGAUGUUAUGUAAACAAGAAUGUCGAGUUUGUUGAUCUUAACUAUAACUGGAGUGCAUUUUGUGAUCAUAACUGCAAGAAGGUAUACAAAGAAUUAAGAAAAACACUUGGAGUUAAGACUGAGCUUAACAAUGGGUUUUCAUGGACUUUGUUGGGCCCAAUUAAUCAAGAGUUUGAUGCGUUCUUGGAUGAUGAGUAUGAGAUCGCUGUAUACCAUUCUAAGCUCGCAAUUGCAAGGAACGUGAUGGAGGAGUGCUUCCAUUCUAUUUCUGGCAGCCACGCAAAAAUCAGUGGGAUCGAUCACAUUACUUAUAAUUAUCAAGCCAUUUUUAAGGGAUCCUAUAUUGCUGUUUUGGAGAAGGAUGACGAGAUUUUUUCAAUGGCAUGUUUAAGAAUUUGUGGGACAAAGCUCGCUGAGAUUCCAUUUAUUGCCACCUGUGAAAAAUACCGUAAUAAAGGGAUGUGCAAACGAUUAAUGUUUGGAAUCGAAUGGGCUCUUCGACAUCUUCAAAUUGAAAACUUAGUAAUUUCAUUCUCUAAAGAAAUGGCUAGUCAUUGGAUUCGACACCAUCGCUUUAAAAAGAUUGAAAGCUCAUUAGAAGAUGAUAUAAGGCACAUGAAAACCUUACUGUUCUUCCAUAAUACAACGAAAAUACAAAAGACCUUAACACCCAAACCAGAGAAGUCAAAGAUUGUCUUUGAUGUUGAUUUAAACCUAGCAGUUGAAGAUCAAGGACAGAUAGGGUAGAUGAUUAUGAAAUAAUCUAUAGAAGAUGAUCUGGGUUUUAGCAUAGACUUAUUGAAAAUUAAUUAUCUUGUUUUGAUAAUAAUUGUACCUUGGGAUAAAUUUUAGUUUAUGGAUUAGUUUCAAGUUUUUGUAAUGGUGUUUCGAUAACAGUGACUUGCACUGUUUUUCUUAUUCUUAAAGU